AUGGACAGGGGUAAGGGUCCUGGAACUGAGUCCUCUGGUCAUAUGAGAGAGUUUUGCAAAUGGACCGAGGACAUGGAUGCAAGGCUAAUGCAUUCAAUGAUUGAAGAGAAUCGUUUAGGUAACGGAGUAGAUGGCAGCUGGACCACGCAAGCGUAUAAUAAUAUGGUUCAGUACCUUCAUAACUCAGGUUAUGUUCAUGUUACCAAAACUAACGUUAAAAAUCGUCAAAAAGUUUUGAAAGACCAAUGGCGUGAGGUUCAUGACCUCUUUGGAUCAUUGAGUGGCUUUGCUUGGAACUCCAUAACUAUGAGGUUUGAGGCUGAAGAGGAAGUUUGGGCUGACCUCAUUCAGUCGAGGCCAACGGCUUCAAAGUGGAGAGUCACGAGCAUUAGACAUUAUGAUUUGAUGAUGGAGUUAUGGGCUGCUGAUCGAGCUACCGGGAGUGGUGUUCGCACUGCUCGUCAAAGACGUCGUCAGGAUAAUGCCCCUCGUGUCAGUGUUGAUUUAAAUGAGAACAUAGAUUACAUUCCUGAACAGCCUGACUGGACGGCUUACAGAGACCCAAUUCCGCCAUUGCCUCCUCCAUCGAUAGAUGAAUAUAGUCCAAGAAACACUCAGUCCGUGCCUUCCGUUCCAUCUGGUGGAACAUCAUCCUCUAGAGGCUCAAAGAGAAAGGCUCCCAUGGUCGAUGUAAUUGAAUCCCAUUUGGAAAGGAUGUCGACCAAUCUGGAGGGUUUCACGACAGCUAUGAACUCUUCAAAUGUGCAUUUCGGGGUCAUUUCAAAUGCAGCUGUAGAACAAGUCGCGACAAUGAAAGAAAGGAAUGACAUAUUGCGUUCCCAAACCGAGGUUUUUCGUCGGACGCAGAGCUACACAUUUAAUGAAUCUGACAUUUAUGAAAUGCUGUGUGGGAUGCACAUACCUGAUGAGUCGUUGCUGGAGCAAUGCUAUGACUUCUUGUGUGCAAACCAAUCAUGUGUGAAGAGGCUGAUGGGGCUUCCACCGCAAAAGCGGUGGAAUAAAUUGUGUAAAAUGUUUUCGGGAGGAGAUUGUUAG